AUGGCCGAGAUAAAAGUCGCCAAUGUAUCAUUACAGCUAACAUUAAGCGAAGCCUGUAACGUUGCAUCACAGUGUUCUGAUGUCAAUGCUGAGUGUGACAGUUUCUGUAGAUGUAAGGCUGGAUACUUUGAUAGCAAUGGAUUUACUACCUCUGGCGGGACGUGCUUACAUAUGAGUUAUCUGAAGGUGACAAUGUUGACAUUCUCAUCUGUAUCGUCCAGUGGUGUAAUCCUGAGCUGGACACCUCCCACAUACUCCUCACAAGUCUCCAGUUACACGGCAGUUUGGAGGUUGAACGGUAGUUCUACAGUGGAAGGAAACAUGACCGUCGGAAAUAACGUGACAACUGCAAAUAUCACCGGACUGACUCAGGGUACAGAUUAUGUGUUUUCGGUAGUGUCGAAGGAAAUAGGGAGUCGUGCAGAAGAGCAAGAGAUCGAAUCGAAUGACACAGUCACAUUAAGUACAAAUGCAAUACUGAGUGAGGCAUGCGGCGGUUCAGUUGUGUGCGAUGAUGGCAAAUCUGAAUGUAUUGCUGGUGAUACUGGUGGAGGAAACGUGUGUAGGUGUCAAUCUGGGUACUACGACAAUAAUGGUUUCAGUACAGCUGGUGGAGUGUGUACAAGCAUGAAUGACUUAAUGGCGACAAUGUUGACAUUCUCAUCUGUAACGUCCAGUGGUGUAAUCCUGAGCUGGACAGCUCCCUCCAAUUUUGCACAAGUCUCCACUUAUACGGCAGUUUGGAGGUUGAACGGUAGUUCUACAGUGGAGGGAAACAUGACCGUCGGAAAUAACGUGACAACUGCAAAUAUCACCGGACUGACUCAGGGUACAGAUUAUGUGUUUUCGGUAGUGUCGAAGGAAAUAGGGAGUCGUGCAGAAGAGCAAGAGAUCGAAUCGAAUGACACAGUCACAUUAAGUACAAAUGCAAUACUGAGUGAGGCAUGCGGCGGUUCAGUUGUGUGCGAUGAUGGCAAAUCUGAAUGUAUUGCUGGUGAUACUGGUGGAGGAAACGUGUGUAGGUGUCAAUCUGGGUACUACGACAAUAAUGGUUUCAGUACAGCUGGUGGAGUGUGUACAAGCAUGAAUGACUUAAUGGCGACAAUGUUGACAUUCUCAUCUGUAACGUCCAGUGGUGUAAUCCUGAGCUGGACAGCUCCCUCCAAUUUUGCACAAGUCUCCACUUAUACGGCAGUUUGGAGGUUGAACGGUAGUUCUACAGUGGAGGGAAACAUGACCGUCGGAAAUAACGUGACAACUGCAAAUAUCACCGGACUGACUCAGGGUACAGAUUAUGUGUUUUCGGUAGUGUCGAAGGAAAUAGGGAGUCGUGCAGAAGAGCAAGAGAUCGAAUCGAAUGACACAGUCACAUUAAGUACAAAUGCAAUACUGAGUGAGGCAUGCGGCGGUUCAGUUGUGUGCGAUGAUGGCAAAUCUGAAUGUAUUGCUGGUGAUACUGGUGGAGGAAACGUGUGUAGGUGUCAAUCUGGGUACUACGACAAUAAUGGUUUCAGUACAGCUGGUGGAGUGUGUACAAGCAUGAAUGACUUAAUGGCGACAAUGUUGACAUUCUCAUCUGUAACGUCCAGUGGUGUAAUCCUGAGCUGGACAGCUCCCUCCAAUUUUGCACAAGUCUCCACUUAUACGGCAGUUUGGAGGUUGAACGGUAGUUCUACAGUGGAGGGAAACAUGACCGUCGGAAAUAACGUGACAACUGCAAAUAUCACCGGACUGACUCAGGGUACAGAUUAUGUGUUUUCGGUAGUGUCGAAGGAAAUAGGGAGUCGUGCAGAAGAGCAAGAGAUCGAAUCGAAUGACACAGUCACAUUAAGUACAAAUGCAAUACUGAGUGAGGCAUGCGGCGGUUCAGUUGUGUGCGAUGAUGGCAAAUCUGAAUGUAUUGCUGGUGAUACUGGUGGAGGAAACGUGUGUAGGUGUCAAUCUGGGUACUACGACAAUAAUGGUUUCAGUACAGCUGGUGGAGUGUGUACAAGCAUGAAUGACUUAAUGGCGACAAUGUUGACAUUGUCAUCUGUAACGUCCAGUGGUGUAAUCCUGAGCUGGACAGCUCCCUCCAAUUUUGCACAAGUCUCCACUUAUACGGCAGUUUGGAGGUUGAACGGUAGUUCUACAGUGGAGGGAAACAUGACCGUCGGAAAUAACGUGACAACUGCAAAUAUCACCGGACUGACUCAGGGUACAGAUUAUGUGUUUUCGGUAGUGUCGAAGGAAAUAGGGAGUCGUGCAGAAGAGCAAGAGAUCGAAUCGAAUGACACAGUCACAUUAAGUACAAAUGCAAUACUGAGUGAGGCAUGCGGCGGUUCAGUUGUGUGCGAUGAUGGCAAAUCUGAAUGUAUUGCUGGUGAUACUGGUGGAGGAAACGUGUGUAGGUGUCAAUCUGGGUACUACGACAAUAAUGGUUUCAGUACAGCUGGUGGAGUGUGUACAAGCAUGAAUGACUUAAUGGCGACAAUGUUGACAUUCUCAUCUGUAACGUCCAGUGGUGUAAUCCUGAGCUGGACAGCUCCCUCCAAUUUUGCACAAGUCUCCACUUAUACGGCAGUUUGGAGGUUGAACGGUAGUUCUACAGUGGAGGGAAACAUGACCGUCGGAAAUAACGUGACAACUGCAAAUAUCACCGGACUGACUCAGGGUACAGAUUAUGUGUUUUCGGUAGUGUCGAAGGAAAUAGGGAGUCGUGCAGAAGAGCAAGAGAUCGAAUCGAAUGACACAGUCACAUUAAGUACAAAUGCAAUACUGAGUGAGGCAUGCGGCGGUUCAGUUGUGUGCGAUGAUGGCAAAUCUGAAUGUAUUGCUGGUGAUACUGGUGGAGGAAACGUGUGUAGGUGUCAAUCUGGGUACUACGACAAUAAUGGUUUCAGUACAGCUGGUGGAGUGUGUACAAGCAUGAAUGACUUAAUGGCGACAAUGUUGACAUUGUCAUCUGUAACGUCCAGUGGUGUAAUCCUGAGCUGGACAGCUCCCUCCAAUUUUGCACAAGUCUCCACUUAUACGGCAGUUUGGAGGUUGAACGGUAGUUCUACAGUGGAGGGAAACAUGACCGUCGGAAAUAACGUGACAACUGCAAAUAUCACCGGACUGACUCAGGGUACAGAUUAUGUGUUUUCGGUAGUGUCGAAGGAAAUAGGGAGUCGUGCAGAAGAGCAAGAGAUCGAAUCGAAUGACACAGUCACAUUAAGUACAAAUGCAAUACUGAGUGAGGCAUGCGGCGGUUCAGUUGUGUGCGAUGAUGGCAAAUCUGAAUGUAUUGCUGGUGAUACUGGUGGAGGAAACGUGUGUAGGUGUCAAUCUGGGUACUACGACAAUAAUGGUUUCAGUACAGCUGGUGGAGUGUGUACAAGCAUGAAUGACUUAAUGGCGACAAUGUUGACAUUGUCAUCUGUAACGUCCAGUGGUGUAAUCCUGAGCUGGACAGCUCCCUCCAAUUUUGCACAAGUCUCCACUUAUACGGCAGUUUGGAGGUUGAACGGUAGUUCUACAGUGGAGGGAAACAUGACCGUCGGAAAUAACGUGACAACUGCAAAUAUCACCGGACUGACUCAGGGUACAGAUUAUGUGUUUUCGGUAGUGUCGAAGGAAAUAGGGAGUCGUGCAGAAGAGCAAGAGAUCGAAUCGAAUGACACAGUCACAUUAAGUACAAAUGCAAUACUGAGUGAGGCAUGCGGCGGUUCAGUUGUGUGCGAUGAUGGCAAAUCUGAAUGUAUUGCUGGUGAUACUGGUGGAGGAAACGUGUGUAGGUGUCAAUCUGGGUACUACGACAAUAAUGGUUUCAGUACAGCUGGUGGAGUGUGUACAAGCAUGAAUGACUUAAUGGCGACAAUGUUGACAUUGUCAUCUGUAACGUCCAGUGGUGUAAUCCUGAGCUGGACAGCUCCCUCCAAUUUUGCACAAGUCUCCACUUAUACGGCAGUUUGGAGGUUGAACGGUAGUUCUACAGUGGAGGGAAACAUGACCGUCGGAAAUAACGUGACAACUGCAAAUAUCACCGGACUGACUCAGGGUACAGAUUAUGUGUUUUCGGUAGUGUCGAAGGAAAUAGGGAGUCGUGCAGAAGAGCAAGAGAUCGAAUCGAAUGACACAGUCACAUUAAGUACAAAUGCAAUACUGAGUGAGGCAUGCGGCGGUUCAGUUGUGUGCGAUGAUGGCAAAUCUGAAUGUAUUGCUGGUGAUACUGGUGGAGGAAACGUGUGUAGGUGUCAAUCUGGGUACUACGACAAUAAUGGUUUCAGUACAGCUGGUGGAGUGUGUACAAGCAUGAAUGACUUAAUGGCGACAAUGUUGACAUUGUCAUCUGUAACGUCCAGUGGUGUAAUCCUGAGCUGGACAGCUCCCUCCAAUUUUGCACAAGUCUCCACUUAUACGGCAGUUUGGAGGUUGAACGGUAGUUCUACAGUGGAGGGAAACAUGACCGUCGGAAAUAACGUGACAACUGCAAAUAUCACCGGACUGACUCAGGGUACAGAUUAUGUGUUUUCGGUAGUGUCGAAGGAAAUAGGGAGUCGUGCAGAAGAGCAAGAGAUCGAAUCGAAUGACACAGUCACAUUAAGUACAAAUGCAAUACUGAGUGAGGCAUGCGGCGGUUCAGUUGUGUGCGAUGAUGGCAAAUCUGAAUGUAUUGCUGGUGAUACUGGUGGAGGAAACGUGUGUAGGUGUCAAUCUGGGUACUACGACAAUAAUGGUUUCAGUACAGCUGGUGGAGUGUGUACAAGCAUGAAUGACUUAAUGGCGACAAUGUUGACAUUGUCAUCUGUAACGUCCAGUGGUGUAAUCCUGAGCUGGACAGCUCCCUCCAAUUUUGCACAAGUCUCCACUUAUACGGCAGUUUGGAGGUUGAACGGUAGUUCUACAGUGGAGGGAAACAUGACCGUCGGAAAUAACGUGACAACUGCAAAUAUCACCGGACUGACUCAGGGUACAGAUUAUGUGUUUUCGGUAGUGUCGAAGGAAAUAGGGAGUCGUGCAGAAGAGCAAGAGAUCGAAUCGAAUGACACAGUCACAUUAAGUACAAAUGCAAUACUGAGUGAGGCAUGCGGCGGUUCAGUUGUGUGCGAUGAUGGCAAAUCUGAAUGUAUUGCUGGUGAUACUGGUGGAGGAAACGUGUGUAGGUGUCAAUCUGGGUACUACGACAAUAAUGGUUUCAGUACAGCUGGUGGAGUGUGUACAAGCAUGAAUGACUUAAUGGCGACAAUGUUGACAUUGUCAUCUGUAACGUCCAGUGGUGUAAUCCUGAGCUGGACAGCUCCCUCCAAUUUUGCACAAGUCUCCACUUAUACGGCAGUUUGGAGGUUGAACGGUAGUUCUACAGUGGAGGGAAACAUGACCGUCGGAAAUAACGUGACAACUGCAAAUAUCACCGGACUGACUCAGGGUACAGAUUAUGUGUUUUCGGUAGUGUCGAAGGAAAUAGGGAGUCGUGCAGAAGAGCAAGAGAUCGAAUCGAAUGACACAGUCACAUUAAGUACAAAUGCAAUACUGAGUGAGGCAUGCGGCGGUUCAGUUGUGUGCGAUGAUGGCAAAUCUGAAUGUAUUGCUGGUGAUACUGGUGGAGGAAACGUGUGUAGGUGUCAAUCUGGGUACUACGACAAUAAUGGUUUCAGUACAGCUGGUGGAGUGUGUACAAGCAUGAAUGACUUAAUGGCGACAAUGUUGACAUUGUCAUCUGUAACGUCCAGUGGUGUAAUCCUGAGCUGGACAGCUCCCUCCAAUUUUGCACAAGUCUCCACUUAUACGGCAGUUUGGAGGUUGAACGGUAGUUCUACAGUGGAGGGAAACAUGACCGUCGGAAAUAACGUGACAACUGCAAAUAUCACCGGACUGACUCAGGGUACAGAUUAUGUGUUUUCGGUAGUGUCGAAGGAAAUAGGGAGUCGUGCAGAAGAGCAAGAGAUCGAAUCGAAUGACACAGUCACAUUAAGUACAAAUGCAAUACUGAGUGAGGCAUGCGGCGGUUCAGUUGUGUGCGAUGAUGGCAAAUCUGAAUGUAUUGCUGGUGAUACUGGUGGAGGAAACGUGUGUAGGUGUCAAUCUGGGUACUACGACAAUAAUGGUUUCAGUACAGCUGGUGGAGUGUGUACAAGCAUGAAUGACUUAAUGGCGACAAUGUUGACAUUCUCAUCUGUAACGUCCAGUGGUGUAAUCCUGAGCUGGACAGCUCCCUCCAAUUUUGCACAAGUCUCCACUUAUACGGCAGUUUGGAGGUUGAACGGUAGUUCUACAGUGGAGGGAAACAUGACCGUCGGAAAUAACGUGACAACUGCAAAUAUCACCGGACUGACUCAGGGUACAGAUUAUGUGUUUUCGGUAGUGUCGAAGGAAAUAGGGAGUCGUGCAGAAGAGCAAGAGAUCGAAUCGAAUGACACAGUCACAUUAAGUACAAAUGCAAUACUGAGUGAGGCAUGCGGCGGUUCAGUUGUGUGCGAUGAUGGCAAAUCUGAAUGUAUUGCUGGUGAUACUGGUGGAGGAAACGUGUGUAGGUGUCAAUCUGGGUACUACGACAAUAAUGGUUUCAGUACAGCUGGUGGAGUGUGUACAAGCAUGAAUGACUUAAUGGCGACAAUGUUGACAUUCUCAUCUGUAACGUCCAGUGGUGUAAUCCUGAGCUGGACAGCUCCCUCCAAUUUUGCACAAGUCUCCACUUAUACGGCAGUUUGGAGGUUGAACGGUAGUUCUACAGUGGAGGGAAACAUGACCGUCGGAAAUAACGUGACAACUGCAAAUAUCACCGGACUGACUCAGGGUACAGAUUAUGUGUUUUCGGUAGUGUCGAAGGAAAUAGGGAGUCGUGCAGAAGAGCAAGAGAUCGAAUCGAAUGACACAGUCACAUUAAGUACAAAUGCAAUACUGAGUGAGGCAUGCGGCGGUUCAGUUGUGUGCGAUGAUGGCAAAUCUGAAUGUAUUGCUGGUGAUACUGGUGGAGGAAACGUGUGUAGGUGUCAAUCUGGGUACUACGACAAUAAUGGUUUCAGUACAGCUGGUGGAGUGUGUACAAGCAUGAAUGACUUAAUGGCGACAAUGUUGACAUUGUCAUCUGUAACGUCCAGUGGUGUAAUCCUGAGCUGGACAGCUCCCUCCAAUUUUGCACAAGUCUCCACUUAUACGGCAGUUUGGAGGUUGAACGGUAGUUCUACAGUGGAGGGAAACAUGACCGUCGGAAAUAACGUGACAACUGCAAAUAUCACCGGACUGACUCAGGGUACAGAUUAUGUGUUUUCGGUAGUGUCGAAGGAAAUAGGGAGUCGUGCAGAAGAGCAAGAGAUCGAAUCGAAUGACACAGUCACAUUAAGUACAAAUGCAAUACUGAGUGAGGCAUGCGGCGGUUCAGUUGUGUGCGAUGAUGGCAAAUCUGAAUGUAUUGCUGGUGAUACUGGUGGAGGAAACGUGUGUAGGUGUCAAUCUGGGUACUACGACAAUAAUGGUUUCAGUACAGCUGGUGGAGUGUGUACAAGCAUGAAUGACUUAAUGGCGACAAUGUUGACAUUGUCAUCUGUAACGUCCAGUGGUGUAAUCCUGAGCUGGACAGCUCCCUCCAAUUUUGCACAAGUCUCCACUUAUACGGCAGUUUGGAGGUUGAACGGUAGUUCUACAGUGGAGGGAAACAUGACCGUCGGAAAUAACGUGACAACUGCAAAUAUCACCGGACUGACUCAGGGUACAGAUUAUGUGUUUUCGGUAGUGUCGAAGGAAAUAGGGAGUCGUGCAGAAGAGCAAGAGAUCGAAUCGAAUGACACAGUCACAUUAAGUACAAAUGCAAUACUGAGUGAGGCAUGCGGCGGUUCAGUUGUGUGCGAUGAUGGCAAAUCUGAAUGUAUUGCUGGUGAUACUGGUGGAGGAAACGUGUGUAGGUGUCAAUCUGGGUACUACGACAAUAAUGGUUUCAGUACAGCUGGUGGAGUGUGUACAAGCAUGAAUGACUUAAUGGCGACAAUAUUGACAUUGUCAUCUGUAACGUCCAGUGGUGUAAUCCUGAGCUGGACAGCUCCCUCCAAUUUUGCACAAGUCUCCACUUAUACGGCAGUUUGGAGGUUGAACGGUAGUUCUACAGUGGAGGGAAACAUGACCGUCGGAAAUAACGUGACAACUGCAAAUAUCACCGGACUGACUCAGGGUACAGAUUAUGUGUUUUCGGUAGUGUCGAAGGAAAUAGGGAGUCGUGCAGAAGAGCAAGAGAUCGAAUCGAAUGACACAGUCACAUUAAGUACAAAUGCAAUACUGAGUGAGGCAUGCGGCGGUUCAGUUGUGUGCGAUGAUGGCAAAUCUGAAUGUAUUGCUGGUGAUACUGGUGGAGGAAACGUGUGUAGGUGUCAAUCUGGGUACUACGACAAUAAUGGUUUCAGUACAGCUGGUGGAGUGUGUACAAGCAUGAAUGACUUAAUGGCGACAAUGUUGACAUUGUCAUCUGUAACGUCCAGUGGUGUAAUCCUGAGCUGGACAGCUCCCUCCAAUUUUGCACAAGUCUCCACUUAUACGGCAGUUUGGAGGUUGAACGGUAGUUCUACAGUGGAGGGAAACAUGACCGUCGGAAAUAACGUGACAACUGCAAAUAUCACCGGACUGACUCAGGGUACAGAUUAUGUGUUUUCGGUAGUGUCGAAGGAAAUAGGGAGUCGUGCAGAAGAGCAAGAGAUCGAAUCGAAUGACACAGUCACAUUAAGUACAAAUGCAAUAUUGAGUGAGGCAUGCGGCGGUUCAGUUGUGUGCGAUGAUGGCAAAUCUGAAUGUAUUGCUGGUGAUACUGGUGGAGGAAACGUGUGUAGGUGUCAAUCUGGGUACUACGACAAUAAUGGUUUCAGUACAGCUGGUGGAGUGUGUACAAGCAUGAAUGACUUAAUGGCGACAAUGUUGACAUUGUCAUCUGUAACGUCCAGUGGUGUAAUCCUGAGCUGGACAGCUCCUUCCAAUUUUGCACAAGUCUCCACUUAUACGGCAGUUUGGAGGUUGAACGGUAGUUCUACAGUGGAGGGAAACAUGACCGUCGGAAAUAACGUGACAACUGCAAAUAUCACCGGACUGACUCAGGGUACAGAUUAUGUGUUUUCGGUAGUGUCGAAGGAAAUAGGGAGUCGUGCAGAAGAGCAAGAGAUCGAAUCGAAUGACACAGUCACAUUAAGUACAAAUGCAAUACUGAGUGAGGCAUGCGGCGGUUCAGUUGUGUGCGAUGAUGGCAAAUCUGAAUGUAUUGCUGGUGAUACUGGUGGAGGAAACGUGUGUAGGUGUCAAUCUGGGUACUACGACAAUAAUGGUUUCGGUACAGCUGGUGGAGUGUGUACAAGCAUGAAUGACUUAAUGGCGACAAUGUUGACAUUGUCAUCUGUAACGUCCAGUGGUGUAAUCCUGAGCUGGACAGCUCCCUCCAAUUUUGCACAAGUCUCCACUUAUACGGCAGUUUGGAGGUUUAACGGUAGUUCUACAGUGGAGGGAAACAUGACCGUCGGAAAUAACGUGACAACUGCAAAUAUCACCGGACUGACUCAGGGUACAGAUUAUGUGUUUUCGGUAGUGUCGAAGGAAAUAGGGAGUCGUGCAGAAGAGCAAGAGAUCGAAUCGAAUGACACAGUCACAUUAAGUACAAAUGCAAUACUGAGUGAGGCAUGCGGCGGUUCAGUUGUGUGCGAUGAUGGCAAAUCUGAAUGUAUUGCUGGUGAUACUGGUGGAGGAAACGUGUGUAGGUGUCAAUCUGGGUACUACGACAAUAAUGGUUUCGGUACAGCUGGUGGAGUGUGUACAAGCAUGAAUGACUUAAUGGCGACAAUGUUGACAUUGUCAUCUGUAACGUCCAGUGGUGUAAUCCUGAGCUGGACAGCUCCCUCCAAUUUUGCACAAGUCUCCACUUAUACGGCAGUUUGGAGGUUUAACGGUAGUUCUACAGUGGAGGGAAACAUGACCGUCGGAAAUAACGUGACAACUGCAAAUAUCACCGGACUGACUCAGGGUACAGAUUAUGUGUUUUCGGUAGUGUCGAAGGAAAUAGGGAGUCGUGCAGAAGAGCAAGAGAUCGAAUCGAAUGACACAGUCACAUUAAGUACAAAUGCAAUACUGAGUGAGGCAUGCGGCGGUUCAGUUGUGUGCGAUGAUGGCAAAUCUGAAUGUAUUGCUGGUGAUACUGGUGGAGGAAACGUGUGUAGGUGUCAAUCUGGGUACUACGACAAUAAUGGUUUCAGUACAGCUGGUGGAGUGUGUACAAGCAAUAAUGGAUUGGUUGUGACAAAUUUUGCGGUAGGAGUAGACGGAAUCAGUACUGUGACUAUAGAAUGGCUAGCUCCCUCUGAUGGAAGUGACAUAAUUAAUAGAUACGAGAUUCAUUGGACACCACUAUUAUCUAAUGGAACAGGGAGUUACAACGCCGGAAAUGGUACAAAUGCCAGAUUGACUGGAUUCGUUUCAGGGCAGCAGUAUGCCUUCCACGUUAAAACUAUUGAACUUGGAAGUCGCAAUAAUGAGCAAGAAGUACAAACGAAAAUUAAAUAUAUAACAAUGGACGCGGGUCUGAGUGUUCCUUGCAAUGUAAACGAAACAGUAUGUGCAGAUUUUAAAUCCAACUGUACUCAAUCUGACAUUGGAUUGGACACCAUCUGCAGAUGUAUGGAAGGUUGGUUUGACAGUAAUGGAUUCAACCAACCUGGAGGAAUGUGCAUCAGUAUGUCAACACUAGCAGCGACGGGUCUUUCAGUUUUAACGGAAGGAAUGGACACUGUGAAAAUCAGCUGGACUCCUCCAUCGGAAUACAUUAAUCAAGUUAAUAGGUAUGAAGUGGGCUGGAUUCCAGCUACAGCCAUCAACGGGAGUUUGUCCUACGACGCCCGACGUAACUCGACCGUGCAUCUGGAAGGUUUCACACCAGGUCAAACAUAUACUUUUGCUGUCUACUCCGUGGAAUCUGGCAGCCGUAGAGUGGAACAAAAUACUAGUUCUGUCCCGUCUAAUAUAACCAUGAAGCCGCAUAUGCCAUCGGAGUUUACAGAGACAGAUGUUGACGGUCCCGUGAUCACAUUAACCUGGAAACUUCCUGAUGGUGUUAAGACUUCAUAUGAAGUUGUUACUGCCCCAACACUCGGCAUGACAUCCGUGGUUACGGAAUCAAUUACCUUCAAUGUUAGUGUACUGGAUGGACAGUGGUACAACAUUUCUAUAACCACCAUCAGCGGGAGUGAACGGAGUGACCCACUGAAUUCUUCAUUCACGACUGUAGCUAAAACCCCAGAUCCACCAGUAGUAUAUGGAAGUACAUUUUGUAAUGCAACCACAAAUGGAAGUAUUACUCUGUCCUGGACUGCUCCAGUGAAUCCAAGGGGAAACAUCCAGUAUUAUCUCAUUAAUAGCACUACAACAGGCGUUAUCUAUGAUACACAAUCAAGUCAAACCACGUACGAAAUUGAUGGUCUCCAGCCAGGUGAAUCUUACAUCUUCAGUGUAGCUUUAGUAAAUGAUGCAGUACUAUACGAAAAUCAAAGUGAUUACAGUACACCGUACCAAUGUAGAACUGAGGCUGCCAUGGCGCUGAAGCCUGCUACCUUAGUGAUAUCGCAAGUGCAGAGUCGUGAAUUUAUCCUGAACUGGACCAAACCGACAGUUUCCAAUGGAGCACUAAGUGGAUACAGACUCACAGUGACAUACGGGGACGCAUGUGUCCAGGAAGUUGGCUUCAUCUGCAACGAAUGCCAAAUGUGGAUGCCGUUCCUCUAUAAAUGUGCUGCUGGUGACAAAGAUCUAGUGAUAAUUCCGCCAGAAGAAAUAGAUGACGCUUUCAGCUACAGCGUCCAAAACCUACUUCCAUACACUAAUUAUACUGUCAUUUUAUCAGCUGUUAACACAGCAGGAGAUGGCUUACCUAUAACUCAGAGCCUUACUACACACAAGGAAGUUCCACAGAAUCCUACUGACUUGAAUGCAUUGGUAUUGAGUUCAACAGAGAUAUAUGUGACAUGGAACAUUUCUGAACCAUCACCAGGCCCCACACAGUUUGCACUACAUGUUAUAGCAGAAACACCUGAAGUAAAUCGGACAGAAAUUAUACAAGGCUUCCACACAAGAUCCUUUACGGUGGAAAACUUAGAAGAGUUCAGAAUAUACACAUUUAACAUCACAGCCUCUACCGACAAGGGGUCGGCUGGUUUUCGUCGGAUACUUCCGUCCGCUACAACGCAUGCUUCAGCUCCCGGCAUUGUGGACAAGUUCUUGGUAUUCCGACCAGAUGGACUAGACUUUGCUACUGUGAGAGUGUCUUGGCGGCUUCCGGCUUUAUUAGAUAGGAACAGCAACAUUACCGACUUCGUAUUUUCGUACAACACUAGCGGAUCGAAUGAAAGCACGUCUCCGGAAGUAAUAGUCGUAGGCCCAGAUCCAAGUCCAGUAACACGAAACAUAAAAGUGGUACCUUUGCAUACCUACAAUGUAGAGGUGUAUGCUGUUGGUAUGGACGCCACUGGAAAUACAUUUGUAGGGUCUAAAAGCAGCAUGACAUACUUUGCACCUGCUGGGCCCCCGCCUCUUGAUAUUGCCGCGUCUGUCAUUCCGCCUGCUAUGAACACCGAUAUUAAAGCCACAUACACAACGUUUACACUUACCCUCGAUAAACAAUUCUUCAUAAACGAUACACAUGGACCGAUAGUAGACUAUGCUCUCGUGUUGUGCAGGGAGACUUGUACAGGACUGGGUGAGAUAUCUGAGACGAAGGGAGAAAAUUACUUAAAUUUGAUAGACGGUUGGAUUGCUGCGAGAGCAAAAGGAGCAACUCGACCAUACAGAGCUAUGUCGAAGGCAGAAUUUGAUUUGUCGCUUUUCGGGAACAGGACAUCUUCCACAUUCCGUGUGGUGAUUGGAGAAGAAACGAACUGUAGUCUGUCAAAUAAGCAAUUCUGUAACGGGCCACUGACUGCCGAAACUGAUUAUAUGUAA